AGAUGGAAUAUAAAACAAGAAUAAAAUCAGAUCUAACACGAUUUCUUCGCAGACUCUUCGUGAAAUGUGGUGGGUGAUCAGUCGUCUUUAAAGUUAGUUGAACGCAAAUUUUAUUUACACCUCAAUCAACAUGGAGAUUUCUGGAUAUAUUAUCCAGAUUCUCUACGUACUGGCUGCUAUCAUUUUGGUAGUCAACUCAGCCCCACAUCACUACAAAGGUGGCGGCGGAUGCUGUGGAGGUGGGCAUUCAGGAUACGGUGGAAGCGGUGCUGCUAUUGCCAUUAUAAAAGUGAAGAAAAUUGGAGGUGGAGGAUAUUACCCUAGCGGCGGUGGACACCAGGGUGGAUACUACCCGAGUGGCGGUGGACAUCACGGAGGAGGACAAGGUUUUGGUGGAGGAUUCGGCGGAGGUUAUGGUGGUGGAUUUGGCGGAGGCGGCGGUGGUGGAGGAGGCGGAGGAGGAGGUGGCGGUGGUGGAUACGGAGGAGGCGGGGGAUUCGGGUACGGCGGUGGUCACGGAUACGGAAAGUGAUAGUGAAUUCCCUUCACGGCUAUGAGAACUGUAUUAUUAAAUUUCCUAUUUUUUUAAAUUGAUCAAUAAAUGUCUUGUCCA